AUGUCGGCGUCCUUCUCCAUCCAGCCCAUAGGCCGCUUCGCUGGCGAAAGCCAGGCUGUUAAGAGACCCAAGGAAUUUGCUUGCUUCUCCUAUGACGACAACCAUGAGUUCCACCUGGACGCUUCAUCCCUCAAGUACUACUACACGCCACAGCUUGGCGCAGACCUCUCCAAGGGCUUCGACACCUUUCAGAAGCAGGAUGAUAGCGGCGAUGAGCACCUCGACAGCUUGCUCAAGACCAUCAUCGCCCAUGAAAAGGAGACGGGCAAGAAGAUUGAUGCCCAUCUAGUCACUUGGAGAGGCAUGAUGACCAAGAUCAUGGCAGCACCUUUUGAAGAUAGGGACGGCUUCGAGAUGAAUGCCACGCUAUAUCAAGACUGCAUCUUCAUUGAGGAAAAUCACGCCUACAAGGUCGCCUCAAGGGCCAACGAAGGGAAUGGCAAACGCAGAAGAGGCCCCCCUCUGGAGGUGAUGCAAUUUUGGGGAUACAAGUUUGAGACGCUCUCAACACUGCCAAGUCCAUGGGCAGAGACUUCUCGCGAAUUUAUCGAAAACCGCGAGAAUGAAAUCGUCAACAACAAAUCCCAGUACUGCUCUGUUGUCCGUACAGGUAUCGGCAAAACAGUCAUGUGCCUCGGGGGUGAAGUCGAUGCCAUCUGGGAUUCAAAGCCCGAAGAGCCAGGCAAGCCCAUCAACUGGGUAGAGCUCAAGACAUCUGCAGAGAUCCGAAACCCCGGCGACAUGGAGGGCUUCAACCGCAAGCUCAUGAAGUUCUGGAUCCAGUCCUUCCUUCUCGGCGUCCCACGAAUCGUCGUCGGUUUCCGCACUCGUGACGGUGUCCUGGUCAGCACCCAAGACAUAGAGACGCACAGGAUCCCCGAGACGGUCAACGCCCAGCCGAAUCCCAAGUGGAACGCCGACAUGUGCGUCAACUUUGCCGCCACUUUACUCGAGUGGCUAACACAGAACAUCAACGACGAGGGUGUCUGGAGAAUACAGCGUCGCCCGCAGUCGCCAACUAUCGAGCUGUUCAAGGUUGAGGAGACGGGCCACGGGGAUAUCCUGUCUGACGAGUUCAAGAACUGGAGGAUCAAGCUGGCUCUUGGCCCAAGCGAUGAAACGUAA